AUGGUUUCAGCCCUCAGCCCAGGACUCUUUGUGACGGUCGCUGGCUGGACCCAACACAAAAGCCCAAGCGUAACGUCCUCGCGGUCCUUCGGCCACUUCAGGUCGCUCUCCAGCUUUGCCAGUCCGGCGGCAGCCACCAAGGCAGCAGACGCCACUGUAGCCCACCAUCACCACAGAUCGCCGUCGCUCAGCGACCUGCCACCAAAUAUGUCGGCCGACGUAGCAUACGCAAGCACGUUCCUGGGCCCUGCCCAUAAUUCAAAAACGCCAUCGCUAUCGGCAGCCACUCCCAGAAACUUUGACGAUUCGCAGGACCUUAACACUCUACCGGAUCCCAGAAGUAGGGCCAUGAGCCCCGCUAGCGCCCACAGCUUCCCUAGCCCGAUAAGCCCCAACUCUGAUCUUGAUCAAGAAGUCGCAACCUUGAGCACAAAGCUCAUCAACGCAAUUAACCACCAGACUACCCUCGACGACACCCUAUCAAGAGCUAGGGCGGAACUGGACGAUGCAAGGGAAACAAUAAAGCAGUUAGAGGGGCGUCUCGCUGAGCAGCAAGAAAUGCUAUCCGGGGAUGUCUGGGUGCGCCGCAAAACGGUCGAGUCCGAGAAGAAGGACUUGCUUCGUCGUGUGGCUGAUGAAAAGAAGGCACGAUAUGAGAUGGAACAGCAGAAAAAGAAGAUUGAACAAGAGUUGGAAGAGUUGAGCACUCAGCUUUUUGAGGAGGCCCAGAAGAUGGUGAUUGCGGCCAAGGAGGAAGCACAGAAGGAGCAAGAAAUCUUGCACAACAAGAAUGAGAAGUUGCGAUCACAGCUUGCAAACACCGAGACACUACUCAAGUUGCAGAAUGAUCAGUUGGCGGAACUCAAGGCUGUGAUGGAGCAGAUGCACCUAGACCAGGAGGACCAGAAUGCCUUGACGGCGCCGUCAUCUCCUGGUUUCAGCAGAUUCGAUUCCAAAGACGACGACACUCCACUGUCUGCUGCAGAGGAAUCUCUACCGGAACCUGUAUCUCCAUCCUACCCCACCAGCUUCACUCACCUUGUCCAGCCGAUCCUGCGAACCGAUCUAUCAGCAUACGAAGAUUUCAAACUACUAGUGCAGACAACGAAGAGGCUGUCUGUCAGGAGCAGGCCCCCGUCGGGCACGUUCGGUGCAAGUGCAAUGUCGGCUCUCGGCUUGACUGCAGGUCACUCCAUGAGCCCAUCGAAUGCAUCUACAUCGUCUGUGGCAAGCACGGUGCCAACGUCAUCCUCAGGCUCACUACCACAAACUCCAAACACGCCUGGUUCUGCUGCCCUUAGCGCGGGCUCGGGCGCUGCGGCAGUGCCAGUGCCACCCUUGAAAGAUACCAAGUUCUUCAAGAGGGUCCUGUCUGAAGACAUAGAGCCGACCCUCAGACUUGACAUUGCGCCUGGUCUGUCAUGGCUCAGCCGACGAACAGUCAUUAACGCGAUCACUGAGGGAACUCUAGUUGUCGAGCCGGUGCCGCCCGCGACUCCGGGCUCGCUGGUCGCGAUCACGAAACCGCAGUUCAAAGAGUGUUCACUAUGUGGGGAAAGCCGCAAAGAGGAAGCACACCUCCGGACCUACCGGUUCCGCACCAGCGAUGCGGACACAGCGCAGCGAUACCCGCUCUGCAAGUCGUACUGUUUGGUGCGCGUUCGGGCAACCUGCGAUCUUAUGGGCUUCUUGCGCCUACUGAAAGAUGGGCAUUGGCGAACUGACGAUGAAGAUGCCGUCAAGGCUGCUUGGGAAGAGAGCGUAAGGCUACGAGAGCAGAUGUUCUGGGCUCGCAUUGGCGGUGGUGUCGUACCUACCACACCCAUGUUGAUUGGCAAAUCUCCCAUGUUACCGGAGAAGAGCCCGAGGCCCAGCCAAGAGGGCAAAAGCGAUGCACCUCAAAUGGAGGACCAACCGCAAUCCCAGGAUCCCUCUAAUCCGACCGUGGAGGUCAGCUCUGAGUCUUCCGAUAGCAAAACGGUCCAUGUACCUGCAGAGACUUCAGACGCAAAACCGGAGGGUCUGGGCCUUCAGAACAUUUCGCUGACGUCGCCGACUUCGGAGGCUAUGGAGGAAAAAGUGGCGAGACCGGUGACACCACCUCCCAAGUUAUCGGAGGAGCAGAUGCCACCAGCGACCAACACUGCCGAGACUGAUGCUGAUGCAGACGGAGCGAACCAGCAGACAAAGCUGCAAAUUCCCGCUCAACAAAACCAAUGA